UCCCCAAUGUUUCAUAUCAGGGUGGCUAUAAAAAGCAGUGUAUUUAUUAGGGUUAGAAAAAGCAACAAACAAGCUGUGCAUCUAUGGCCUCCUCAAUGUUAACACCCUUCCUCACUACUCUCUUUUUCACCACUUUCCUCAUUUCACUAACACCAGUACUGAAAGUAUCAGCAGCAAAAGUAAUAUUUUACAACAAAUGUACUCACCAAGUGUGGCCAGCAAUCCAACCAGGAGCUGGAAAACCCAUUCUCGCCAAAGGUGGCUUUACCCUCCAACCAAACAAAGCCUAUUCCCUCCAAGUCCCACCACUCUGGUCAGGACGUUUCUGGGGCCGUCACGGCUGCACUUUCGACGCCUCAGGACACGGUCAUUGCGCCACUGGUGACUGUGGUGGAUCUCUCUUCUGCAAUGGCAUCGGUGGAACACCACCAGCAACUCUAGCCGAGUUCACAUUCGGUAAAGAUCUUGAUUUCUAUGACGUUAGCCUCGUUGACGGUUACAACUUGCCGAUUUCCAUUACCCCUUUUAAGGGAUCUGGAAAAUGUAGCUACGCUGGAUGUGUUAGUGAUCUGAACUUGAUGUGUCCGGUUGGGUUGCAGGUGAGAUCGAGCGAUAAUAAGCGCGUUGUUGCUUGUAAAAGUGCUUGUUCUGCUUUCAAUUCUCCUAGGUAUUGUUGUACUGGUAACUUUGGUAAUCCACAGACCUGUAAGCCAACUGCUUAUUCCAGGAUUUUCAAAACUGCUUGUCCAAAAGCUUACUCGUAUGCCUAUGAUGACCCUACCAGCAUUGCUACUUGCACCAAUGCUAGCUACAUGAUCACUUUCUGCCCUCAUCCCCGCCGCCGUGGUUGAUCUCUUAUGUUGUUGAUGGAUACUAGUAAUAGUAGUAGUAGUUUACAAGUUUGGGACUAGUCUACUAGGUCUCUUUUAAUGUAAUAGUAGUAUAUAGCAACCAGUAUUGUUAUUAUGGUUGGUUAAGUUUAAUUAAUGUGGUCCUAAAUGUAUCCAUUCAACUAGAGAUGUGGCAGAUUUAAUGGGUUUUUUAAUGAUAAGAUUCUGGAUUUUGUUC